AUGGGUGCCAAAGGUAGCCGUCAACAGCAGGAGGAACGGCAGGAGGUUACUGAGACGCCGGAGGCCUCCCCAAGGGCUGCAUUUGCAUCAAGGAAUUCACGAUCAUUUUCCGGUGGGCGUUUGACCCGGUCCUUUUCAUCAUUGGAUAUCCUGGGGAGGGGAAAGAAUCUCGAAGAGCUCGAGAAUUUCUUAGGCCAAGUCCCACUCUUCAGAUGCUUGCCAAGAUCCAAGCUAACACUUUUGGCAGAAGCUGGGCAAAAAAAGAAAUACGUCACCGGCGCUAUCGUCAUCCAAGCGGGAGAAGAGGGCGAUUGCUUCUACAUCAUCCAGCAUGGCGAAGCAGAGGUGGUUAAAGAAGGGUCCGAAGAACAAGAGGACGAAGAGGAGCUCCUCGUAGUACUUUCAAAAGGAGAUUUUUUCGGAGAACGUGCUCUCUUGACGAAGGACGUGAGAGCUGCAACAGUUCGGGCAGGGUCGCCGCUCUCUCUUAUCGAGAUUUCACGCGAAGUUUUUGAGAGCAUGGGGUUGAGAGAGGAUCUAGAUUUCCGUGGCCGCAAUGCCAUACGGGUGGAAGGCCACCAAACCGUGAAGACGAAGCCUGCAACUCCAAAGUCUCAGGCUGAUCGAAAAUUCAUUCUGGACGCUCUUGCAGGGAACGAGAACAUUUCCCAGUUCUUGAACGUCUAUUCCAUGCCUCAGCUAUCGAGCCCUGCCUGGAGAGAAGACAUAACUGUGGGUGAGGAGGUCAUUCGCCAGGGCGACUCAAAAGCUGAUUACUGCUACAUCAUCCAGAGUGGGGAGUUUGCUGUCAUCAUUGACGGGAAAGUUGUCGGGCAUUUGAGCAAGGGCAACUGCUUUGGCGAGCUGUCACUACUUUAUUCAGCUCCGCGAACUGCCACCAUAAAGGCAACUAAGAACUCCUCGAUAUGGGUCUUGCCCAGGGGCUGGCUGAAGACCGCAGCACAAGAAUCAGCAGCAAACGCUGCGAAGAAGCGCCUGGUCUUCCUGAACCACGCGCCCGUGCUCGACAUGCUUUUGCAAGACGAGAAACGUCUCCUCGCACCGAUGCUCUCGGAGUGCCACAUGAAGCAGAAGGAAGAGAUCGUGGGCUUCGGUGAGGAGGAGGCCUCCUUGUACAUUCUCACAGACGGCUCUGCCCGAAUCUUGGAAGAUGACCUAAAUGUCAUAGUGACCGCUGGAUUCUCGCCAAACCAACUCCAGAUUCACACCUUUUGCGAGAAGGCCUUGUGCGGCCCGGGGCAUGCCAGUCCGCGGAGUGUGAAGAUCACUUCUCCCACGGCGACCUGUUACAAACUGGAUGGUGUUGCAUUCGCGGCCACUUUUGGGUCAUACUUGGACAUCGUCAAUCAGAGCAAGAGGGGCUUCGACUUCAUUGGCUUAGAAAGCCAAACGCGUGGGCGCUCCGUGGACACUUCCACAUUGCUUUCGCUUCGCAAGAAGGAUCUGAGAAAGAUCGCACCUCUUCGCAACGGUCAAUUUGGCGGCUUGGAGCUCUGGCAACAAACUCGCACAGGCGAGCCCUACAUGGUGAAGUCGGUGUCCAAGGGAUACGUUGUCGAACAGGCUUUGCAGGAAAGAGUCUUGCAGGAGCGAGAUACGAUGCUGCUUUUCGACCAUCCCUUCAUCAUCAAGCUGUUGCAAACCUUCUCUGGUGAACAGAACGUGUAUUUUCUGAUGGAGACAGCCUUGGGGGGUGAUCUGCACAGUGUUUACCUGACGAAUGCACUGCACGGAUCCAACCGCCAUGCGCUUUUUUACGCUGCUUGUAUCUUGUUGGCCUUAGAGCAUAUCCACAGCCGGAAGGUUGCCUACCGAGACUUAAAACCGGAGAAUGUUUUCCUGUCUUCAAACGGCUUCGUGAAGCUGGUGAAUUUCGGCUUGGCGAAAGUGGUGAACGGCAGGACAUACACAAUCGUCGGCACGCCAGAAUAUCUGGCACCGGAAAUCAUCGGCGCCUUCGGGCACAAUCAUGCGGUGGACUGGUGGGCGUUCGGCAUCUUCAUUUUCGAGUGCUUGUCUGGCAAGACUCCUUUCGAGGAUACCAAUCCGAUGCAAGCGUUCGGAAAGGCGAUGGCCGGCAUCGAGAAGAUCCCGAGUUUUCCCUCAAAGGUGAACCCGGCAGCCGAGCGACUAAUCCGGGCUCUUCUGAAGAGAGAGCCUGGUCGACGACUGCCCAUGAAAGGUGUGGCAAAUGUUAAGCAAGCAGACUGGUUCGUCGGCUUCGACUGGAGACAGCUGACAAGGCAUGAAAUGGUGCCGCCCUUCCAGCCCUCGUUGCAAAGCAAUCUGGACACAGACAACUUCAACAAGGAAGAAGUGGUCGCAGCACCUUCGGCGCCUUUCGUUGAUGACAACAGUGGAUGGGACAGGAACUUCCCAAUAUGGGGAGUUCAGCCUGGCCUUGCCAACACGGCGUGGGCUGCGGCUGUAUCGCAGAUCGACCAGAAGCCACUUCAAGAAGCUCUUGGCAGCGAAGCAACUGUGAAGGUUUUGCAUUUCAGCCCACAAGACUCAGCAAGCGCAGCCUGGGCAUGGAGCGCAUCGAGGCCGCGCUGCGGGUGCCCACGCCAUCGGCACGCCGCGUGA